AUGCGACUGAAAGGACUGCUACGUCGAUCUCGGCAUAUUAGCGGCAUCUAUCCAAGCUGGCUUAAUCUAGACAAAUUUCUCGGACGAGUUAAGAAACCUGCUAAGCACCUCAAGAUAGAUGAUGAAGAGCAUCAACUUCCUACAGUCAAUGGCUCAACACCUCCAAACGGUACGACCGCCACUUUGAAGCUUGCCUUACUGUUCACUGUCCUCUUAAUUUUCGGUAUAAAUCUCGCACACAUCAUUUACAAGCCUCCUUAUACGCUUAUCAAGCUCCUUCAGUGGAAGUAUGCGGAAGUUACCUUUCACUUUCCGCCUCCAUCAUUUUCCCAUCGUAAGGUUAUCUCCCUCACAAUAGAUGAUUCUCCAUCAUCCGAGACUACAAAGAUAUUGGACUUGCUUCAUACAUUUGACGCCAAAGCUACUUUCUUUGUUAUUGGGAAGCAAAUAGUGGAGUAUCCUCACGUUGUGCAGAGGAUUUUUGAUGAAGGCCACGAGGUUGGUAUACAUGGAUGGUCAGACGAGGCUAGCUACAGCCUUCCACUACCUGAGCUAGUACGACAGAUUCGAGAAAUGGAACAGUUAUUGCCAAAGAAUUCCCACAGAUCAAAGUGGUUUCGUCCGGGUUCUGGCUGGUUCAGCAAGCCGAUGAUAUCUAUGCUCCGAACCUUGGGCUAUCAAAUUGUUCUCGGUAGUAUUUAUCCUCAUGACCCCCAGAUUCCUUUUCCUAGGAUCAACGCUGCACAUGUCCUCAGUUUAAUUCGUCCUGGCGCCAUUAUUAUCAUGCAUGAUCGGAGGCCUUAUUCUUCCCGACAGCUAGAGUUAAUCUUAAAUGGACUUGCAGAUGACGACUGGACAGUCCAAACACUAAGUGCGACACAGCAAAUCAUGAAAGCAGCUACGAUAGUCAGUAAUCGGUGA